AUGGGAGACUGGAAUUUCCUUGGGGUCAUUCUGGAGGAAGUCCACAUCCACUCCACCAUAGUUGGAAAGAUCUGGCUUACCAUUCUGUUUAUAUUUCGUAUGCUGGUCUUGGGUGUGGCAGCUGAAGAAGUAUGGAAUGAUGAACAGUCACAGUUUGUAUGCAAUACAGACCAGCCUGGAUGCAAAACUGUGUGUUAUGACCAAGCAUUUCCUAUAUCCCUGAUUAGAUACUGGGUGCUGCAGGUCAUCUUUGUGUCUUCACCAUCAUUGGUUUAUAUGGGCCAUGCAAUUUACAGACUGAGGGCUCUUGAGAAAGAAAGGCACAGAAAGAAAGCUCAGUUGAAAGGAGAGCUUGAAGGAGUUGAGUAUGAGUUCACUGAGGACCGUAAGAGAUUAGAACGUGAAUUGAGACAACUGGAGCAAAGAAAACUCAAUAAGGCUCCCCUUCGAGGCUCUCUCCUCUGUACCUACAUCAUACAUAUAUUCACCAGAUCUGCUGUCGAGGUCGGCUUUAUGGUUGGUCAGCAUUUACUUUAUGGAGUUCAGCUGAAUCCUCUCUAUAAAUGUCAAAGAGACCCUUGUCCCAACGUGGUUGACUGUUUUGUAUCCAGACCUACCGAGAAGACAGUAUUUAUGCUAUUUAUGCAGUGUAUAGCAGCUGUCUCUCUGUUUCUUAACAUUCUGGAAAUAGGACAUCUUGGGGUGAAAAAAGUCAGAAAAGGAUGUAUAGUGCGAUAUAAAUUUAAAGAUGAAUUUGAUGAUUUUUAUGUAAUUAAACCCAAGAAACGUUCCACAGUAACUCAUACAUGCAUUGGCACAUCUUCUAGCCCUCAAAAGACCCUUCCUUCAGCACCCAGUAACUACACCUUGUUGAUGGAAAAGCAAAAUGAUCCAGCUGUAUAUCCAAUUUUAAAUCCUCCUUGUGGAUUUCAUCCUAUUGCAGAUAUGCGCACAGAGACCAGUAAUACAUGUAUUCUUGAUGAACAAGAAACCAAAUCCGCUAAUGAGGUUAACUCUGCAAACACAACAGAAAGUCACUUUCACAACACUAGCUCUAACAAUAAUGAAAGCAUGAAUAAAACAAUUGCUUCUGGGAAUAAGACUGCAAAAAACCCUCCACAGCGGAAAAGUGGUUUUAUCCGAAGCACUUAUUCCAGUGUUGAAAGUGCACAAGGUUUACAUAUGGGAAUAAUGACUGAGAUACCCUCAGAAGACAUGGAGGAUAGCUCUGCACAAAAUAGUAUUUGUGCCACAACUAGUAAUGCAUUACGAAAAUCCAGGAGGGUCAGUGCUCCAUGGCACUAUUCUAAGGUGGGCGAGAGAAGUGGCUAUAUACAGGAAUCUACCAGCAAAGGGCGUUACACUUUUGGUGCUAAUAGAUCAUGGGCACUCUCUAAAUCGGACCUAAAGGGAGUCAGCCGACCAGGUACACCAGAUGCUAUAGGAGAACACAAUCCAGAAUACAAGCAGAAUAAGGAGUGUGAUGGUCCUGUGACCUUUUCUCCAUCCCGACGGAUGUCACUGGCAAGUAACGCCAGCAGCAGACGUGUACCCACCGAUCUACAGAUCUAA